AUGAAGUCGCAAGACGCCGACUUUCGUUUCAUGGCACUCAACGACCUCAUCACAGAACUCUCCAAGGACAACUAUAUCCAAAUGGACGACACCACCGAAAACAACACGCUCCGUCAGGUCCUCUCCCUCAUGAAGGACUCCAACACCGAAGUCAAGAAUAUGGUCGUUCGUGCCCUGGCCAUCCUCGUUCCCCGUCUUCGCGAAAAGAAUAUGCAGCACGUCAUUGACACGCUCAUCGAUUACAUCUCAUCCAACAACGACGAACUUAGAGACAUUGCUGCCCUCGCACUCAAGACAGUCACCGCUCAGAUGCCAACCCGCUCCUCGUACGCCAGCACCGCACUCAACAAGCUCGCACCCAAGCUGCUCAAUCAUGUGGCCGACGCAUCCGCCUCGCAAGAACUGCUCAUCGACUCGCUCGACAUCCUUGCAGAGCUCAUCAGCAAGUUUGCGGCGUCCGUUACCGCAGCCGUGCCUCUUCAAAAUGCCCUGCUAAAGUCCGUUGUGCCUGCUAUGCGUCAUUCACGUCCCGCCGUUCGCAAGCGCGCCCUCGCCGUCCUCGGCGCUCUCGGCUCGUGUGCCACCUCCGAUGUUUUCACACAGCUCUCCGUCCAGCUCAGUUCCGACCUCGCGCCGAAGAACACCGUAGACACACGCAAGACGGCAGUACAGCUCAUCGGCAUCUUUGCACGCACCUGUCCACGAAGGCUUGGUCGCCGCCUUCCCGAAUUCAUGCCCGCCGUCAUCCAGACUGCCAAGCACGAAGACGACGAGCUGCGCGAGACUUGCCUCCAGUCCAUCGAGCUCAUCCUUCUUCGCUGUCCCGCUGAGGUGACUCCUUUCGUGAAUGCGUCCAUCGAUCUUGCCGUCACCCUCAUCAAACAUGACCCCAAUUAUGCCGGCUUUGACGACGAUGAAGAGAUGCGCGACGCCGACGACGACUUCGGCGAUCAAGAUGACGACGAUGACGAUCUUAUCGACGACGAUUACUCCGACGAUGACGACAUGUCUUGGAAGGUGCGACGAGCAUCAGCCAAGGUGCUCAACGCAGCGCUCACCAGUAGACCCGAGUUGCUGGCUCAGAAUGUCGGCAGCGUGGCCCCGGUGCUAGUCGCGCGCUUUUCCGAACGUGAAGAAAGCGUACGUCUCGAGAUCCUCGACACCUUCCUCGCGCUGCUCAAGCAGAUGCAGCUCUACGCCGGCGGUCCUCAAGCGACCGAGGUCAUCGGUUCCGGCUCGGCCUCGUCCGCGAGCCAGGCUGCUGCCAUCGCUGCUGCUGGCGUGCUCAAGCGCAAACGCACCGAAGCCGACGCUGAUGGUGUCGAAGGCUCUCCGCUCAGCCAGCUCCUUGCUCUUGUACCCGCCAUCGCCAAGGCCCUCAACCGCGAGAUCAUCUCCAAGUCCAUCCCAACACGGCACAAGAGCUUCGUCGUCCUGCGCGAACUCGUCGUCGUUCUGCACGGAGGUCUCGAAGCCCACAUCAGCUCCAUUCUCGCACACACUGAAAAGGCACUCAAGGGCGCAGAGUCGGCCGCUUCGGGAGGAUCCAGCUUGAAGGCCGAUGUGCUGGGAUUCUUCCGCGUUCUGUUCCUGACACACGCUCCGAAGAGCUUCGACGACCAGCUGCCGGGUCUCGUGCCCAUCCUUGCAGCUUCCAUCGAGGACAAGCUUCAUCGGAGCUGCAUCGAAGCGUUUCUGACAUGCUCGCAGCUCGUUUCCGUGCUUCGGCCGCUGGGCGCGACUGCUGCGGGUGCGAACGGCGCCCGUCCUGGUCAGUACAAGCCGUAUUUGCUGCAGAUCUACUCUGCUACGGUGAGCAGGCUCAAUCGCCUCGAUUCGGACCAGGAGAUCAAGGAGCGUGGUGUUACUUGUCUCGGCGUCUUGCUCGCUCACGCCGGUGACGAUCUCGCCGAAAAGCACGGCGAGUGCUUCGACCUUCUCACCGCUCGCCUGACCAACGAGGUGACGCGAUUUGUUACGGUCAAGGUCAUUGCUCAGAUCGCCGCUUCUCCCGUCUGCGCGGGACCGGCAUUCGACGCAUUCCUCCAGAGCUCGAUCGCGGAAGUCGCGACGCUUUUGCGCAAGUCCAACCGUCAGCUGCGGCUCGCGGCGUUCGACUGUCUUGCGGCUGCUCUGUCGCGCUCAUCGACGAGGCUGGAUACGGCUUCGUCCAACUCGAUCUUGGCGGAAGUGCAGCCGUUAAUCAACACGGACAUGGACAUGAACCUCCUCCCGCACAUCCUGCGCAGCGUCAACCUGAUUCUGCUCAACGAUCCGGCGACGAGGGAGUCGGUGCGUGUGUCGGUGCUUCCGCAGAUCUACUCCGUGCUCAGACUGCCCAUUGCACAAGGCCCGGCGAUGGAGUCGUUGCUGGAGUUCUUGCGGCUGUACGUCGGCGCUGAACCGGCUUCAGCGCCCAACACGGUUGACGAGCUGCUUGCAGCGCUCGAUGCCGCCAAGGGCUCUGUCAGCGGUACGCAUCUGUAUACGACGGUUUCGCGCUGCAUCGGAGCCGUUUGCACCGUGUCGGAGGUGGCCAGUGCCAAUGUUGCCUCCAAGGCCACCGCGACGCUUGAGAGCGGAAGCGCCAAGGAUACGGAUGUGUACUUUGCACUGCUCUUGCUCGGCGAGCUGGGACGGUUCAACGACUUCUCCACGCAUGCCGGGUUGCUCGACCGCGUUCUGCGCUUCUACGCGGCCGACUCGGAGGAGGUCAAAAUGGCCGCUGCUUUCGCCGUGGGCAACAUGGCUGUGGGAGCGCUGGCGGUGUUCCUGCCGGCGAUCGAGCAGCACGUUCGCGCACCUUCGGACGACAAGGCGUCGAGCCAGAAAUUCUUGUCGUUGCACGCGCUCAAGGAGCUCAUCACGCACGGGUCGAGUGAGCAGCUGGCGGUCGUGGCGGAGCAGGUGUGGCCGGUGCUGUUCGAGGCGUGCGAGACGAAGGAGGAGGGUGUGCGGUCGAUCGGUGCAGAGUGUCUGGCGAGGCUGACGCUGAGCGAGCCGGGCAAGUUCCUGCCGCUGUUGCAGGAGAGGCUGCGUUCGCCGUCGGUGUCGGUGAGGGCGACGGUGUUGGCGGCGAUCCGGUUUACGCUUUCGACCGAGUCGUCGGCGGCGUACGACGAGCUGCUGGCGCCCGUGUUGGUGGAUUUCCUGGCUCUGCUGAGCGAUGCCGAGCUCGAGGUGAGGCGCAAUGCGACGUUUGCGCUCAACUCUGCCGCGCACAACAAACCCUACCUGAUCCGCGAUCACCUUCCGACGCUGCUGCCGUUGCUGUACUCCGAGACGCACGUGCGCACCGAGCUGCUGCGAAAAGUGUCCAUGGGACCGUUCCAGAUCGUCACGGACGACGGGCUGGAUCUGCGCAAGAACGCGUACGAGACCAUGUACCAGCUGCUGGACUCGCUGUGGUCGCGGUUGAACCUCGGCGAGUAUCUGGAUCGCGUGAUCGCCGGUCUGUCGGAUUCGGACGAUGGGAUCAAGACGUUGUGCUAUCUGAUGGUGAUCAAGCUGGUCGAGCUGCGCGAGGUGGGGGUGAGGGCGGUGUUGGGGGGUAGGUUGGAGGAGUUGGCCGAGCCGGUGGGGGGUACGUUGAGGAGCAAGUUGAAGGAGACGGCGACCAAGCAGGAGAUUGAGAAGCAGGCCGAGUUGCAGCGGUUCAUCUACAAGAUGCUGGUGGUGGUGAGUAGGGAGUUGGAGGGGGUGGUGGGUGGGGGAGCGACGCCGAAGUUUGCCGGGGUGGUGGGCGAGGCAAAGAGUGGUGCCGGGCACGGGCAGGGGACGUUGUGGAGGGAGGUUGAGGCGCAGCUGGCGUCUACGGCGUAG